GAACACCUUCAAGAACCACCACUGGUACCACCCGUAUAUAAACCCCAGUACUCGCGUCAAUCCCCAGUUUCAAACCCACUUUCAAAAAAUGAAGACCAAUUUAGUCAUAAUAGUGUCCACUCUGACAAUGUGUCUGGCCACCAGAGACAUCUUCUCCGAAUUAUUUAUCAACUAUAUCAACUUGAAACAAACGUCUUGGAUCGCUGGGCUAAAUUUCCCUCAAGACACACCUGUAGAGGUACUACAGCGUCGAAAUGGAGCUCGUCUGGACGAAGACUUCUACAACAACCUCGAGGUUAAAGUCCACAAUAUCACAGACGAAAUUCCGGAACAGUUUGAUAGUCGUACCAAGUGGCCACAGUGCGAGUCCUUGGCAAGUAUAAGAGAUCAAGGACAUUGUGGUUCGUGUUGGGCAUUCGGGGCUGCGGCAGCCAUGACCGAUCGACUCUGCAUUGCCACCAAUGGUACCACCAAAUUCCAAUUUUCACCCGAAGAUUUACUAUCGUGUUGUACAGAUUGUGGCAAUGGGUGUGAUGGGGGCUACUCGAGUAGAGCUUGGAGCUACUGGGUCGAUAAUGGUGUGGUUUCAGGAGGGGACUACAACUCAAACUCUGGCUGUCAACCCUACUCCAAAGCACCCUACGAAAAGAGCGCAACCCCUCAAUGUACCACCACGUGCCUCAACACCCACUACCCAACUUCAUAUUCAGAAGACAAACACUAUGGUAGUACCAAUUACAAAAUCGAGCAAGAUGUUCAACAAAUUCAAGCGGAGAUCAUGACCAGUGGACCAGUUCAAGCCAGUUAUGCGGUUUUUGACGACUUCUACAAUUACAAGUCAGGUGUCUAUCAACACACAAUUGGGGAACAAUCUGGUCAUCACGCUGUCAAGAUCGUGGGUUGGGGGGUCGAAAAUGGUAUUCCGUAUUGGUUGGUGGCCAACUCGUGGGGCGUCAAAUGGGGGCAUCUGGGUGGGUUUUUUAAGAUUCUGAGAGGAGAAAAUCACUGCGGGAUCGAACAAAACAUCCUUGGUGGAGAACCGAAAGUAUAGGAGCGUUGUUAUUAUUAUUAUUAUUGUUAUUAUUAUUUCGUAUUUUUUGCCUUUGUAGCCCUAAAUGUAGACAAUUAAGGAAUGUUUUUUCUAUUUAAUUAUUUAGAAAUAAAAAAUUCAACAAAAUUUACAAGUACUAUAGCUGUGAGGGUAUUAGGCUUCUCCGCCUCCUCUCUGCGGGUUCUCAUAAUCAAACACGGCUGUGUCGCCCAGUUCAUCGCCACCUAUCUUUCGGGCAUAAUUAAACCAAACACUAAGC